GCCAAAGGGACAGCCCAGCAGGAGAGGCGAACGGAACUUCCAACUCCAACAGCAGGUCCUACGUUUCUGAACUUUUAAAAGAAGAGCUUCCCCAGAAUCGGCCCUGAUUCCAGACCCACAGCGUCAUGACGGCUCUGGUCACCCUGCUGUCCCUGCUCCUGCUGGGACCCCAGGCCCAGCACGGGGCCGAGUGGACCUACUCAGAUGGGGUGCUGGAUGAAGCACACUGGCCGAGGGAGUACCCCGACUGUGGGGGGAAGAGACAGUCUCCCAUCGACCUGCAGAGGAAGAAAGUGUGGUACAACCCUUCCCUGAGGGCUCUGAACCUGUCAGGCUACGAGGUCCAGCACGGGGUGUUCCUUAUGAUCAACAAUGGCCACACAGUACAGAUCAGCCUGCCCCCCACAAUGUGCAUGACGGCUGCCGAUGGCACCCAGUACAUAGCCCAGCAGAUGCACUUCCACUGGGGUGGCGCCUCCUUGGAGAUCAGCGGUUCCGAGCACACCAUUGAUGGGAUCAGAUAUGUGAUCGAGAUUCACAUCGUUCAUUACAAUUCUAAAUACAAGAGCUACGAUAAGGCUCAGAAAGCACCGGAUGGUUUGGCUGUGCUGGCAGCCCUCGUUGAGGUCAAGGAUAAUGCUGAAAAUACUUACUACAGCAACUUCAUUUCUCACUUGAAGAGCAUCAGGUAUCCAGGACAAAGCACAGUUCUGAGGGGCCUUGAUGUUCAGGACAUGCUACCUGGGAACCUCCACUACUACUACAGCUACUGGGGGUCACUCACCACUCCUCCCUGUACUGAGAAUGUCCACUGGUUUGUGCUGGCGGAUACCGUCAAGCUCUCCAGGACACAGGUUUGGAAACUGGAGAAUUCCUUAUUGAAUCACCAGAACAAAACCAUCCACAAUGAUUACCGUGGGACCCAGACCCUGAACAACAGAGUGGUAGAAGCCAGCUUCAUGUCUCAAGUUAAUCAGUGCUCUGAGCUCCAGUUUUAUCUAAACAAUACUGACGUAACCUUGAGUACUUGAGAAGGUUUAUUGAACAGAAGAAAGCAAAGAGAAAAAGACAAGGGUAAUGACCUUGAAGAAUGAGCCCUGCCUUGUCUCCAAGAAGCCCUGUAUGUCUGGAUCACACCAUUCCCACUGAGGCACCUGUCUAAUUUAUGAUUAAAACAGGAGAAACCAUCAUCCAUGAAAGGAAGUGAGAUGGCUUAAAUAUAUGAGAAGGGAUUUGAGUUAGACAACAUCAAUGGGAAUUGACUGGAAUAGAAAUUUAAAGGAGAUGGAGACCUAACUAUCCUCCUCUCGCAUCACGCACACUGAUGGGUCUAAAUUACAGGUCAGCCCAAAC